GGGCUCCUGGCGUCAGGAGCAGGGCCUAGGACACGUGGACAGAGGGGAGGGCCCCGGGUGCUGCUGGGAAUCCCCGUGAGGAUGCGGAAGAGGCGCGGGGGACCCCGCACCCCAGCCCAGAGUUGGUCCCGGGAAGGUCGUGGGUGGGGUUGGGAACACGUGGUGAGGCCCCACUUCCGCAUCCGGGCUCUGAGAGACCAGCAGGCUGGUGUUCAGAGCAGGGCCUCCCUGAGGGGGCAGAGGGUGGGCCAGGUCCUGCUGGGUUCCUGGCGAGGAUGUCCAUGGAGGACGGACGGACCCCGCACCCCAGCCCAGAGUCAGUCCCGGGAGGCAGGCCGAGUGCGGGACGGGGCCACACCACGUGUCUGUGUGCAUAUCCUGACCGGGACCAGUACUGGAGACUUUGGCACGUGUGGCGCAUCCGGGUCCCCGAAGAGACUUCAAGAACUGGCAGCAGAGGCCUCGGUCUGAGGCGGGGGUCCCUCAGGACACAAAGCUGAGGAGGCACAGGUCAGCCCGAAUCUGACACCAUGUCCCUCGGGAAGAGCAAUGAGCUUUGGGAGCUGGGAGAAGACCCGGACAAAGCCCAGGGCCUGCUGGAUGCCCUGCAGUCCAGGGCUGAGGAGGAGGGGCAGGUUCCAUCUCCCUGGUCUCUUCCCUCUCUGUCCUCUUCCUCCCCUUCCUUUUCUUUCUAUGGCCUCCUUGGCCCCCCAGAGGAGGGGUCUACUACUGAGGGGUCCCCAAGUCCUCUCCAGAGCUCUCAGAGUGCCAUCACCUCCCCCUAUGAUGGGGCAGCCAGGGGCCUUGGCCAGCCCCAGCCUGCCGGCCCCUAUAGCCCAGGGGAGGUGGGCUCAAGUGGAAGUGAAGGGCAGGAAGAUGCUGACCCAUACCCCUGUGGCUGGGCAUCCAUUAGCCUUGGCCAGCCCCAGCCUGCUGGCCCCAAUGGCCCAGGGAUGGUGGGGUCAAACCCACCUGAAGAGCAGGAAGAUGAGCAGCCCCAGGGCACUUUUCACGUGAAGACGGCUGCCCUGGUGAUGUUCCUGCUCCUCAAGUAUCGCACCAAACAGCCCACCAGCAAGGCAGAGAUGCUGGAGGUCAUCACCCCAGCAUUCCAGGACGACUUCCUUAUCAUCUUGAGCGAAGCGUCCAUAUGCUUGCGCCUGGUCCUUGGCCUAGACGUGACUGAAGUGGAUCCCAGGGAGGACUCCUACGACCUCAACAUCGUCCUGGGCCUCACCUGGGAUGGGACGCUGAGCGGUCAGGGGGACCUGCCCAAGACCAGCCUCCUGGUGCUGGUCCUGGGGUUGAUCGUCCUGGAGGAUGACUGUGCCCCCGAGGAGGAGGUGUGGGAGACCCUGGGGGUCAUGGGGGUGUAUGAUGGCCAGGAGCACAUCGUCUAUGGGGAGCCCAGGGACCUCCUCACCAAUGUCUGGGUGCAGGAAGGCUACCUGGAGUGCCGGCCGGUGGCGGGCAGCGACCCUGUCCGCUACGAGUUCCUGUGGGGGCCCAGGGCCUACGAGGAAACCAGCAAGUUGCAGGUCAUGGACUACGUGUUCCAAGUCAGUAGCAGCCUCGUGGUUUCCUCCCUGGCCCUGUGUGAACAGAUUCUGAGAUAAGGAAGAGGGGGCCACAGCCCCAGAGGCGGCCAGGCCCUUUCCAAGCUUGGUGGGGCCGGCAUGAAGGAAGGCCUUAGGGUGCUUCCUCCCGGUGUUGUCCUGUUGGGUGUGUAAAGAGAAAGUCCUGGGCGUUAGGGCCAGGGCAGGUUGGGGGAGAGCAUGGCCGAGAGCCUCUCUGGGGGCCUGGGCUCUGCAAUCACUCUGAAAUACAGAGCUUGGUGUCUUUGAUGAAGCUCUCUAAUGUUUGUUCCUUGGGAUACAAGGUUUUCUCAGCCCAGUGUGUGAGUGACAUGCACCUCCCCUCCCCCCUUAGCGUUCUUACUUCCCCAGUUCAAGAAUUAAGAGUUUUGUCAUGUCCUGUAAAGAAGUUGGGAGACCUUCCCUCUUUGUUUGGGUUCUGGAUGAAAUCACAGGGCAUUGGCGUUGGAACCUGUUGGAAAGGGCAAAAGUGGAGCAGGCAACAGCUGGAGUGUGCAAAUAGGAAAAUAAACCUUGUUCACUUUUGCUUCUUA